CAUUCUCUCUUUUCUUUUAUACCCUCCCUUUAAUCUUCUCUUUCUUUUUCUCUUGUUUGCCCAGAACUGAGUAUAUAGCACACAGCAGCUAUACCCUUGAUCAUAAGCAGAAAAUUUGGAAAAAAAAAGAGAAUAACAAAGAGUGGAAGAGUUAAAUUCCUUGCCGACCAUCAAGAAAGAAAAAGUGGGUAUCUGAAAACGUGCUCUAAAAGAGACAAGUUUUGCUUUACUUGUUUGUUUUUUGUUGUUUGGUUUUGUUUUAUGUGUCAAUCUUGCUAGAAUUUCGCGUGCGUGUUGAGGAAGUGGGGGAAGAAGGCAGAAGCAGAAUUCAGCUUUGUGAUGAGAAUAAGAUCAGCAGAUCAAGAGAGAUGUCAUGGUGCAAUAACCCUGAUGAUGAUAGAGCUCUACAGUUAGUUACAGCAGCCGCCACCAAAGAACCUGCAGUUGCUAUCGCCGCCACCGCAGCUAUUUCCGACUCCAAAACUGCUCAAGAAACCCCAAUCAUUAUUUGCCCUUCAUGUGGCCAUGACAUACCCUACCAAGAUCAGGCGGGAAUUCAUGAUUUGCCCGGGUUACCAGCAGGAGUGAAGUUUGAUCCAACUGACCAAGAGAUUCUAGAGCAUUUAGAGGCAAAGGUAAUAUCUGAUAUGCGCAAGCUUCAUCCUUUGAUUGAUGAGUUUAUUCCUACGCUGGAAGGAGAAAACGGGAUUUGCUAUACUCAUCCAGAGAGGCUGCCAGGAGUAAGCAAAGAUGGCCAAAUUCGACACUUCUUUCAUCGACCCUCCAAGGCAUACACAACCGGGACUAGGAAGAGAAGAAAAGUUCACACGGAUGAAGAUGGAAGCGAAACAAGGUGGCAUAAAACCGGAAAGACCAGAGCAGUUUUGGUUGGUGGGGCAGUGAAGGGUUUCAAAAAGAUUUUAGUACUCUACACCAACUAUGGCAGGCAAAGGAAGCCUGAGAAGACAAACUGGGUGAUGCAUCAAUAUCACCUUGGCAACAAUGAAGAAGAGAAAGAUGGAGAGUUAGUGGUUUCAAAAGUUUUUUACCAAACUCAACCUAGACAAUGUGGUCCAAGUAGUGUUAAGGAUACACUUGAUAGAAAGUUGAAAAAUCGAAGCCGCCAUGAAAGUCCUAUAGCGAAGAGUAGCAGUGUCGCUUUUGUUGAAUAUUACAAUCCACCUUUUAUUUCAUAUGAUCAUGGGAGUCAUCAUAAUAGAGAAAGCCCACCUCAGCUAAUUCCAAAUUUGGUUGUUCAAGGUGAUGGAUCUUCCUUUUUUCGAUUAGCCUCUGAUACAAGCAAAGUGUGACCUGAAAGAAAUAGGCAUAAUGGAAAGAUGAGCAUUUGAUAGAGCAGCUACGUACGAGAAGGACAUAUUUGGUUGGUGUUGUUGCUGUUGCGCUGUAAUAAUCAAAUAAAUGAUCAGAUUGUGCUUUUGCUGAGGAAAGGAUGGAAUUAAAGAAUAAGGUGAAUGUCUUCUUUUGUUAAAGACAAAAAGAGUCAGUCGGAUCGAUGCUUUGCAAGAUUUGCCCAUAUAUAACCACGUUCUUGAGCAUUAAAGCACUGGAAAAGGGAGCUGGUGCCCUAUUUUAUAUACCCAUUUGCAUAAUAUUUAUAUUUACACAUUUAUAAGGUUUUAUGGCAUUUAUAAUAGGAUAUUGUACAAGGAUUACUCCCAUAAACUUCUGUUAAUAGUCCUACAGAUUUUAAUUAGUUUUACCAUUUGUCAUCUACUAGUAUAUAUGUUAGAAACUCGAGAUUGCAAAAAUACAAUUGUUUUUAAUUCUA